UUGGUAGGGUGUUUAGAUGCAACCAGUGCAGUGUCGGAGAAAGACAGGUCAGAGUGACAAUGAAGGAACUUCUCUCUAUUCAGUUGCUUUGGCUUCUCCUUUCUUUUCACUCCACCAUAGGUGCUGAUGUACUGAGACUGGUGGAUGGAGGCAGCCCCUGUGCUGGGAGAGUGGAGGUUAAGCACCAGGAUCAGUGGGGAAUGGUGUGUGAUGAUGAUGAAACAGAGCGGCAGUAUCAUUCAGUCAUUUGUAAACAGCUGGGAUGUGGAUCUGCUGUUGCCACGUCUGAAGCUUUAAUUUUUGGAGAACAUUCUGGACUGACAUGGCUCACAGAAGUUAUUUGUCAUGGUAACGAGUCAGCUCUCUGGGACUGCAAACAUGGAGGAUGGGAAUUGAAAUCUUGCCCUUAUCCUGCUGGAGUGCUCUGUUCCGGCCAUAUUAAGUCCCGGCUGAUUGGAGGGGAGAGUAUCUGCUCAGGACGUGUUGAGAUAGAACAUGGAGAAACAUGGGUUACAGUCUGUGACGCUGACUUCAGUCUCAAAGCUGCCAGUGUUAUCUGUAGAGCUACUGAGGAGCUGAGGCUGGUGGAUGGAGGCAGCCCCUGUGCUGGGAAAGUGGAGGUUAAACACCAGGAUCGGUGGGGGAUGGUGUGUGAUGGUGUCUGGGAAAUGGAAGAUGCUGAAGUUGUUUGGCACACAGGGUUCCGGCUGGUGAUCGGCAGCACAGAGUGCUCAGGGAGAGUGGAGAUCCAGGUGCAUGAAUAG